AUGAAAAAGUUAAAAGACGAUGGCUUUUCUCAUAGUACACUAUCUACAACAGGCAAUAAUGACUGGAAACAUAUGACAACAACACUAAUUUCUCAUGAAAAAUCACCUGAGCAUUUUACUGCAUACAAAAAGUGGCACGAAUGUGAAUUAAGAUUAAAACUUGGUAGAUGUAUUGAUAAUGACCUGCAACGAGUAAUGAAUACAGAAGUUCAAUAUUGGAAAAGUAUUUUAGAAAGGUUAAUAUCUAUAACUUUAUACUUAUCCAAACACAAUCUAGCUUUCCGAGGAUCGUCUGAUAAACUAUUUGAAAGAAAUAAUGGAAACUAUUUGGGGUUAGUAGAACUUUUAGGAAAAUAUGACAAUAAUAUGAAAGAACAUUUAAAUCGAAUAACUACACAAAAACUCAAUCUAACUUAUUGCAGUAAGGAUAUUCAAAAUGAACUUAUAAAUCUAAUGGCCUCUAAAGUUUUAGAAAUCAUUCAGCAAAAAGUACAAGACGCAAAAUAUUUUUCUAUGAUAUUAGAUUGUACUCCUGAUGUCAGCCAUUCUGAAAAAAUUUACGACAAUGGCGCGAAUAUGAAAGGUCAUAAAAAAGGUGUUCAAGCAAGAAUUUUAGCUUUAAACCCUAAAGCGGAAUUUAUGCCCUGUGGUUGUCAUUCUCUCAAUCUCGUUAUAUCUGACGCAGCUUCGCAAUCCAAAGAAUCUAUCACUCUUUUUGGAAUUGUACAACGGAUAUUUGUUUUAUUUUCGGCUUCUGUUUACCGUUGGCAAAGUCGCAUAGACAGUGUAAAAGCAAUUCGAUAUCAAACAAAAGAGGUAUACAAUGCAUUAAUUGAAGUUGCGGAAUCAUCUAAGGCAGAUGCUGGUACAAGAAAUGAAGCAAGCAGUUUAGUAAAUAUUGUAAGUAAAUCUAUGCAAGGAUUUACAAUGGAUAUAGAAAUGGCGUCUUCAUUAUUAGAUAAUUGUGUCAAAUAUAUUAACAAGUAUCGAGAAACAGGGUACGCAGAUGCGUCAAACUCUUCAAGAGAAAUAGCAGAGUCAUUAGGUAUAGACCCAAUCAUAAAAGAAGCACGAGUAAGACGUAAAAAAACUUUUUUUGAUGAAAACACCGAUCAAGAUUUUUUGAUUAGCGCCGAAGAACGUUUUAAAAGAGAAUUUUUCUACACUCUUGUAGAUAUAGUCAGAGAAUCUAUAAAAGAAAGAUUUACUCAAUUUGAAAACCAUAAGCAAUUAUGGGGGUUUCUGUACAAUUUAGAAAAAUUACCAUCUUCUGAACAUCUUUUGGCAUGCUGUAAAGAUUUGUAUGGAGCCCUUUCGGAAGGAGAUAGUGCUGAUAUAAAUUCCGUAGAGCUUUACAGUGAACUUAAACAUCUGAGUUCACUUUUACCAAUUGGCAAAGGAUCCCCCAAAUCAGCGCUCCAGUUUAUACACGAUAUGAAAUUAGUUGAUGUAUUCCCUUACACAUGGAUAUCUCUAAGAAUAUUGCUGACGAUUCCAGUUACUGUAGCGUCCGGUGAAAGAAGUUUUUCUAAACUUGGAUUAAUAAAAACUUAUUUGUGCUCCUCGAUGAAAGAUGAUAGACUUUCUUCGUUAGCAAUUUUGUCAAUUGAAAAUGAUUUAGCCCAAAAAGUAAACUAUGAAGAAGCAAUCAAACAGUUUUCUGAAUUAAAAGCUAGAAAAGUUAAGUUUUAA